GUUACAAACAUCCCGCUGCACUAUGAACGAGCCAAGGCUCUUUGCCUGAGCCGAGGUGCGCGUCGCCAAUACGCACAUGAUCCAACCGAAUUCCGUCAUGCUAGCAUCACCCAGGCCUCACAGUCGAUGACAUUGCUGAGCUGACCCCAAGAUUUUGGGACUUCCACUUCGAUCGUACGUUCUCUUCCAUAUCUGUCGUCCAUCAAUCAUGCUCAACUACUAUCUGCCAGCCAUUUCUUCUCGGGACAUGACAGCUUUCGUCAUCGCAACGAUUCACCUCAACUUAUGUGUCGGAACGAUUGCAAGGUUCUCACGCGAGCGACCUGACCUCAUGGCCACCCUCGAAGAACUCCUCACUUUCAAGGCUUGUGGAGAAUUCAUGUUGACAGAGGUCGGCCAUGGCCUCGACGCCCGCAACUUGGAGACGACUGCGAGGAUGGAAGCCGACGGAUCUUUUACCCUGAACACGCCGAACGCAGGCGCCGCCAAAGCCAUGCCGCCAUCCUCGCCGCUAGCUGGCAUGGCCCGCGUUGCUGUUGUUUUCGCCCGGCUCAUCGUGGGCGGCGAUGACCGAGGGGUAAAGCCCUUUGUCGUGCGGAUCAACGACGCGAGAGGCAUGUGUGAUGGCGUUGUGUCGCGUGUGCUCCCUGUGCGGGCCGGCACCAAGCCGCUGGACCACUCCAUCACGACGUUUCACAACGUGCGACUUCAGCCUGAAGCGCUUCUAGGAUCGGCGUCGCGAGCCGACAACGAGCGAGAGGAGUUUCUUGCCCACAUCUGGAGGGUGUCCGUCGGCACGCUCUCUCUCUCUAUCAUGAGGGUGUCUGCCAUUCGAGUUGCGGGCUGCAUCGCCGCCCUGUACAGCCAGCGUCGUCUGGUCGGAGAUAGGACAAAACUGCCCAUCAUGCAGUUCAGCACACAGCAGCGACCGAUCCUGGAAGCACUGGCGCACGGACAAGUCCUGCAUGCAUACGCCAAGUGGAGCGUUGGUGAGUUUAUGAACCAAAACCACAACGCAGACGUCCGCAGAGGGAUCGCUACCGUCUUCAAAGUCCUGGUGGUGUGCGCACAACCAGAUAACCGAACUCGCAUCAACCUUCCAAGGGAACGCCGUGGCCGAGGGCGACACUCUCGUUAUAAGCAUUCGUCUCGCUUCUGAACUCCUCAUGAACAGAUAUGGUCUUCCAGAACCGACCAAUCCGACAGGAUCUCUGGCCAUGUAUGAAGCGGGGAUGCUCGAAGAGGUUGCGAGAGACAAAAACCUCGCACUCGGCGUAUCCGGCAGCUUGAGGGGCACGACCUAUAACAACAGCGUUCUCCCUCGAUGCAGAGCGAUGGUGGAGGCCAUUGGACAGCGCAUGGCCUACGAGGCAGCCCAGGCGCAAGGCAACAUCGCGCCCGAGGUGAUCGAUGUGUUUGAAAAGUCUUGCAUUCAGAAGGAUCCGUCCUGGUUUGUCGAACACGGCUACGGCACUCGAUCUGCGUUGCGGGACAACGAGAACGGGGCAUACUCCAACUUGUUGCCCCUCUUGCCCACGCUGGUGGAACGGGCCAAUGCUGAAGUUUACAUCACGGCGCCGUUGGUUGAAGAGGGAGCCAUGGAGGACUUCAUCAAGGCCCUGCCGGCUUUUGGGGCUGGCACAGACG